GCUGGAAUGGGCAUAUUUCAGGUUAAAGUCUUGGACAGGCAGUACACAGUGGACAUUGUAAACAAACAGUGUGAUUGCAGAAGGUGGGACCUCACUGGUAUUCCUUGCUCUCAUGCAAUCAGUUGCUUGAGACAUGAAAGAAUACAUCCAGAAGAAGUAGUAAAUGAGUGCUAUUCCUCUAAAAGAUUUCUCCUUGCCUAUGGUCCUACCAUAUGGCCUACCAAUGAUAAGAGCAUGUGGCAGAGAGUGGGUGGACCUGACAUUCUCCCUCCUGUGUAUGAAAAGAAGGUUGGCAGGCCAGCCAAGAAUAGAAGGAAGCAGCCUCAAGAGGUAGAAGGCAAGUAUGGACCAAAGAUGUCCAAGCAUGGUACAAUAAUCACUUGUUCUUAUUGUGGAGACCAGGGGCAUAACAGGGGAGGGUGCUCCAUGAGAAAGGCUGGCAUUCGGCCCAAGCUAGUUGCACAGAGAAAUCAAAGUCAGCCACCCCAAGAAGAAUAUGAAGAUGAACAACUGACAAGUCAGGUUUCCAUGGAUUUGGAAGAAGGAAGUCAGCCACUUUUGUCUCAAAUGACAGACACUAUGAUGUCCCAGUUGGAUGCAGAGUCUUCUCAACUCAGAACAAGGGAGCUGCAAGCUAGGAGAUUACCAGAUCCAACAUUCAUCAUGUCCAACAUACCAUCCUCUAGGCCAGUGCCACCUACCACUGCAACCAAGAAGGGAAAGAAGGCUAUGAAACCAUCUAAGAAGGCAAAGAAAGCUCCUGCAAAGAAGAAGGCCUGA